ACACCAAUAGUUCGGAAGAGGAAGCAGCUAGCAACAGCGGUUGUGUUGCAGCCGUGUCUCGGUUCUGGUUCUGGGUUCUGGGUUCUGGGUUCUGGGUUCUGGGUUCUGGGUUCAGUGUCAUGGCCAGAUACGGUCGUUAUGGAGGAGAGACCAAGGUGUAUGUGGGGAACCUUGGAACGGGAGCUGGGAAGGCAGAACUGGAGCGGGCUUUUGGGUACUACGGUCACCUGAGUACAGUCUGGAUUGCCAGGAACCCCCCAGGCUUUGCUUUCGUGGAGUUUGAAGACCCCAGAGAUGCUGAUGAUGCUGUUCGUGGUUUGGAUGGAAAGGUAAUCUGUGGAUGUCGGGUUCGGGUUGAACUCUCGAACAGGAUGCCAAGACGUUCCCGCUAUGAUCGCCCACCGACCCGGCGACCUUUUGAUCCCAAUGACAAGUGUUACGAGUGUGGAGAGAAGGGCCACUACGCCUAUGACUGUCAUCGCUACAGCCGCCGCCGUCGCAGCAGGUCCAGGUCUCGCUCCCGCUCUCAUGGGAGGCAUUAUUCCCGCAGCAGGAGUCACAGCCGGAGCCGGGGAAGGAGGUCCAGGUCCUUCUCUCCUCGCCACUCACAAUCAGUGUCACCCAGAAGAUCUCGCUCAGCAACACCCAGGAGGUCCAGAUCUCGAUCCAGGUCUUGGUCUCGAGGCCGGAGCAGGUCUGGAUCCAUGGGUCGUUCUCAUUCUGGAUCUCCAGCUAUAAGCGGUUCCACAUCGCGGAGUCCUCGCCGCUGUGGGAAUUCGAGCCGAGACGAGUGAUGAGGAGCAGCUGAAGGUUUCUGGCACACAGUUGUGAUGUUUCCUUGUUAGAUUUUUGCGUUUUUGUAUGAAUUUUGUGCAUUUAGUUCCCUGUAGGAAAUGCUACUCUGAUCAAAUGAAAGCUUGAAUAAAUGUUUCUGCACGGG